UUCCUUUGUUGCAGAAAUCAUUCGAGAAUUUGCUUUCCUUUUUGGGUAUUGUUAUUGUCCUUCCAUGGCAGUUUCUCCUCAAGUUUUCCCGCCGAGAAAGCGGCGGCCGUCGGCGGGCUCCUUCAUAUCUCCGAAACUCGCGGAUAUGAACCUGGUACAAUCUCUGCUUUCUUUGUCUCAAGAAAUCUCUUCUCUUAAACCUCUUCAGUGUCUCCUAAAACGAAACUCCCUUUCAGUUAUUAACAAAACCAAGCUUCUCUCCAUCUUAUUCGAGGAGCUGGUUCGAAACCCGGUUUCGAAUUUCUUCUCCCCUUCGACCCUCUUGUGCUUCGAAGAAAUGUAUAUAGUUUUGCAGAGGGUUAAAACCCUGAUCGAGGAUUGUUCAAAUGGAAGCAAGAUGUGGCUGCUGAUGCAAAUCCGAGUUUUGUCAAAUAGUUUCCAUGAACUCACCCUCGAAUUAUCCACUCUCCUCGAUAUUUUCCCUUUCAAAGAAGUUGAGCUGAGUCAAGACGUUGAAGAACUCGUGGGUUUGGUGAGAAAACAGUGUUCCCAAUCGAAGCCGUUAGUAGAUCCCAGAGACGAAUUUCUCCUGCUGGAAGUUUUGGCCAUGUUGGAUCGGAUCGAAAAAGAGAUCGUCCCCGAUCCUUUCCAGCUAAAAAAAGUCGUCGAGGAUUUAGGAUUGCGUGAUAAUUCCAGCUGCAGAGAAGAAAUCGAGAGUCUACAAGAAGAAAUCCAGAACCAAAACGACGAGAAAUCCAAAUCGGAUAUCGUUUCUUUGAUCGGCCUCGUUCGUUACGCCAAUUGCGUUCUGUUUGGAUCUUCGACGGCACGUCAAUCGGAUCAUCGCCGGCGAAAAUCAAUGUCGGAUUUAACUAUCCCGGCGGAUUUCCGGUGUCCGAUUAGCCUCGAGUUGAUGCGGGACCCGGUGGUCGUGGCGACGGGACAGACGUACGAUCGGGAAUCGAUUAAUCAGUGGAUUGAUUCUGGACAUUCCACGUGUCCUAAAACAGGUCAGAACCUGGCCCACAGUAACCUCAUCUCUAACCGCUCUUUGAGAAAUCUUAUAGCUAUGUGGUGCCGCGAACAAGGAAUUCCGUUUGAAGCCGUAGGAAGUAACGAGAAAGUUAACGGCGUUAAAGCUACUAAAGCCGCCUUUGAAGCUACGAAAAUGACGGUUUCCUUUUUAGUCAACAAGCUCUCGGGAUCUCAGUCAAUGGAGGCGGCCAACGGCGUUAUUUACGAGCUUCGCGCUUUGUCUAAAACCGACUCCGAUAGCCGGGCCUGCAUCGCCGAAGCCGGAGCGAUUCCGACCCUCGUCAGAUAUUUAGGUUCGGACGUUGGCUCUCACCACCCAAACCUCCAAGUCAACGCCGUCACUACAAUCCUUAAUAUUUCCAUCUUAGAAGCAAACAAGACGAGGAUCAUGGAGACUGACGGAGCUUUAAACGGCGUCAUCGAGGUGCUACGUUCGGGUGCUACCUGGGAGGCCAAAGGCAACGCUGCGGCGACAAUAUUCAGCCUAUCUGGCGUUCACGCGUACAAGAAAAGUUUAGGCAGGAAGACACGUGUCAUCAAGGGAUUGGUCAAUUUAGCUAAAGAUGGACCUACGAACUCCCAAAGGGAUGCACUCGUGGCAAUUUUGAAUUUAGCGGGAGACAGGGAGACCGUUGGGAGGUUAGUCGAAGGAGGGGUGAUCGAAAUGGUGAGCGGAGUCAUCGACGAGCUACCGGAGGAGGUGGUGACGAUACUCGAAGCAGUGGUGAGGAGAGGCGGAUUGGCGGCAAUUGCGGCGGCCGUCUAUGCCAUUAAAAAACUAGCUGUUAUACUCAGGGAAGGGUCAGAUAAUUCAAGGGAAAGCGCGGCUGCUGUUUUGGUUAUGAUUUGUCGAAAAGGGGGAUCAGAGGUUGUGGCGGAGUUGGCGACGAUUCCGGGGAUCGAAAGGAUUUUAUGGGAAGUGAUGGGGAACGGAACCAUGAGAGGGAGACGGAAGGCGGCAUCGCUGCUACGGAUUCUUCGGAGAUGGGCCGCCGGUUUGGACUUGGAUACAAAUAAUGUUGUGGAUAGUUCGAGCAUGAUGACCGUGACUGUUAAUAAUACUUCCAUACCAGUAUUGCCAGCAUAAUUGGAUAUAACUUCUUUUUUUCUUUCAA